GGUGGUAGGAAGCCCCCGUUUGACUGCCGACUGAGAUUCCAGCAAAGAGUUAAGUACUCAGUGGCUUCAUCCAUUACAGCAGUUCCUGCUGCAAGGACCAGUCUGUGGAUAAAACAACUUUGGCCUUCUUGGAGGCUGCCUUUGGAGCACAGAAUUGGAGAUGGAAAAGCAAGACUCAGGUGGCCCAGAGACCAUCAAGGCUGUGAGCGGUGAGGAAUUCUGGGAAAAGGCUCUGCAGGAAAGCCUGCAUGAGGACAUGCUCCCUUCAGAUUUACAGCGCCAGCGCUUCAGGCAGUCCUGCUAUCAGGAGGUUGAGGGACCCCGAAAGGUUUGCAGCCGACUCCACCACCUUUGCCGUCAGUGGCUCAAACCAGAGCAACACACAAAACACCAGAUCAUGGACUUUGUGAUCCUGGAGCAGUUUCUGACUAUUCUACCCCCCGAGAUGGAGAGCUGGGUGAGGGAAUGUGGAGCAGAAACCAGUUCGCAGGCAGUGGCCCUGGCAGAAGGUUUCCUCCUGAGCCAGGCAGAGGCCAAGAAGCAGGAAGAGCAGCAGGUGCAGGGGCAAUUGGCAGAAGCAAACCUCUUUGUUUUUGAGGCAGAGAAGACUCUAUCAGAUGCCAGACCGAAGCUGCUGCACGGAGGGAGCUCUCCGGAGGAUUAUUCAGAUACCACUUCACUGGUUCAUGGAAGACCACUGGAGGUGUUGACAAGAUCAUGGCUCCCCUGUGUGGAUGGAGAAGCAGCUUCUACCCAACCAGAUCAGGGUGCCGUGUCCUUUGAGGAGGUGGCUGUGCAUUUCACGGAGGAGGAGUGGGCCCUUCUGGAUGCAGACCAAAGAGCCCUGCACAGAGCAGUCAUGGAGGAGAAUAGGCAGAAUGUGGCCUCUCUGGCAGGUGAUGGGUGGAAAAUCAAGACUGAAGGAGAAGCAUGCGGGUCACUAGUAGAAAGAGCAAGAUGUAAAAAGAAAGGACAACAGAGAAAAGCAACAAAAGAAAGCAAUGAAAGGAAGAAUGAAACUCCUCCUGUUCAUGCUGGUGACUGCCAAGAAACUCCAAUCCAAGAAGAAAUAGAGAAGGGAAAGCAAAAGAGGAAGCCCAUCUCCUGUGAGAAUAGCAUUAGUUAUAAAUUGUGGCUUAAAUGUCACUGGGGAAAGAAGAGAAGGGAGAAGAAACCAUUUAAGUGCUUGGUGUGUAGAAAGAGCUUCAGUCGGAACUCACAUCUAAGAGAACACCAAGGAAUUCACACAGGAAAGAAACCAUUUAGAUGCUUGGAGUGUGGAAAGAGCUUCAGUCGGAGAUCAGGUCUUAGGAACCAUCAAAUAAUUGACACAGAAGAGAAAGAAUUUAGAUGCUUGGAGUGUGGAAAGAGCUUCAGUCGAAGAUCAUGUCUUAGGACCCAUCAAAUAACCCACACAGAAGAGAAACAAUUUAGAUGCUUGGAGUGUGGAAAGAGCUUCAGUCGGAAAUCAGGUCUUAGGAGCCAUCAAAUAAUCCACACAGAAGAGAAACCAUUUAGAUGCUUGGAAUGUGGAAAGAGCUUCAAUAAGAGCUCAAAUCUUAGAGAACAUGAAAGAAUUCACACAGGAGAGAAACCAUUUAGAUGCUUGGAGUGUGGAAAGAGCUUCAGUUGGAGAUCACGUCUUAGGAGCCAUCAAAUAAUCCACACAGAAGAGAAACCAUUUAGAUGCUUGGAGUGUGGAAAGAGCUUCAAUCAUGGUUCACAUCUUAGAAAACAUCAAAGAAUUCACACAGGAGAGAAACCAUUUACAUGCUUGGAGUGUGGAAAGAGUUUCAAUCACAGUUCACCUCUUAGAGAACAUCAAAGAAUUCACACAGGAGAAAAACCAUUUAAAUGUCUGGAGUGUGGAAAAAGUUUUAUUCAGAACUCACAUCUUAGACAACACCAAGUAAUGCAUACAGGGGAGAAACCAUUUAGAUGCUUGGAGUGUGGAAAGAGCUUCAAUAAGAGCUCAAAUCUUAGGGGACAUAAAAAAAUUCACACAGGAGAGAAACCAUUUACAUGUUUGGAGUGUGGAAAGAGCUUCAGUUGGAGAUCAAGUCUUAGGAGCCAUCAAAUAAUCCACACAGAAGAGAAACCAUUUAGAUGCUUGGAGUGUGGAAAGAGCUUCAAUCAUGGUUCAUAUCUUAGAAAACAUCAAAGAAUUCACACAGGAGAGACACCAUUUAGAUGCUUGGAGUGUGGAAAGAGCUUCGUUCAGAGCUCAAAUCUUAGACAACAUCAAAAAAUUCACACAGGAGAGAAACCAUUUAGAUGCUUGGAGUGUGGAAAGAGCUUCAAUGAUAGUUCAAAUCUUAGAGAACAUCAAAGAAUUCACACAGGAGAGAAACCAUUUAAAUGCCUAGAGUGUGGAAAGAGCUUUAUUAAGAACUCAAUUCUAAGACGACACCAAGUAAUGCAUACAGGGGAGAAACCAUUUAGAUGCCUGGAUUGUGGAAAGCACUUCAGUCUGCGCUCAAGUCUUAGGAACCAUCAAAUAAUCCAUACAGGAAAGAAACCAUUUAGAUGCUUGGAGUGUGGAAAGAGCUUCAAACAAAGUUCAGACCUUAAGAAACACCAAAGAAUUCACACAGGAGAUAAACCAUUUCGAUGCUUGGAGUGUGGAAAGAGUUUCAACCAGAGAUCACAGCUUAGAGAACAUGAAGGAAAUCACACAGGAGAGAAACCAUUUAGAUGCUUGGAGUGUGGAAAGAGCUUCAGUAACAGCUCAUGUCUUAAGAGACAUCAAAGAAUUCACACUGGAGAGAAACCAUUUAAAUGCUUGGAGUGUGGAAAGAGCUUCAAACAAAGUUCAGACCUUCAGAAACACCAAAGAAUUCACACAGGAGAGAAACCAUUUAGAUGCUUGGAGUGUGGAAAGAGCUUCAGUCAGAGCUCAAGUCUUAGAGGACAUGAAAGAAUUCAUACAGGAGAGAAACCAUUUAGAUGCUUGGAGUGUGGAAAGAGCUUCAGUCAAAGAGGAGGUCUUAAGAAACACCAAGGGAUUCACGCAGGAGUUCAAGUAUUUCAGAUGGAGCUCACAUCUUAAGAAUCACCAAG